GAUUUAUAUUUCAGAUCAUUACGGUUAGAAAUUUCUGGAUGGUCAAAUAAAGCGAGUGGAAAAAACAACAAAAUUUGUGGAGAAAUGCAAUCUGGAAGUGCUGCACGCUGCAAUUUAAAAUGAGAGUAAACAAUCAAAAACCGUACACACCCAAGGAGGGAAAAAUCAUCAUCAACAAAGCCUGGGAGCGUUUGGAGAAAUCUGAUCACGAACGAGAGAAGACCUUUCGACAGCAGAAGCUCGAACAACUGACUUCUCGUUACAACCGCAAGGCAAUCAUGAGAGAUACCUGGCUUUCGGAAUGUCAACGUCUGGGCAGUACCGAUAAUUUCGGAUUCAAUCUGGCUGUAGUGGAAGCAGCUGCCAAGAAGCAUGAGGCUAUCGAGACAGCCAUUUUUGCCUUUUGUGUUCAGAAUGUGUGGAAUUGUCAGAAUUGUCUCGAACGAGCUGGAAGUUGAACGUUACCGUGAUAUGAAGCGAACUGCAGCUCGCAAAGAAAAUGUGUUGCGACCUUGGAACUACUUGCUGGAGCUGCUGUGUGCUAGAAGAAUGCGAAUGGAGUUUUCCAUUCAGUCGCAGCAGAACUUCCAGAAAACGAUCUACACCUUGGACUCGAUAGAGGAAGAAAAGCAGCGGCUGUUGACUGACGACUAUGGCAAUCUGAUGGGGGUGGAAGAUUUACUGCAGAAGCAUUCGGAUCGACGAAGAAAUAUCAACACUAUAAAUACACAGCUUCAGGAUGUGCAACGGAUAAUGGUUCAGAACAUCGACGACGUUUUGCAGUGCGGAACGGUUCACUCUGAGCUGGACAUCAAAACACAGAACUUAUCGGUGCUUUAGCAAAAGCAUAAAAAAGACACUACAUACUUGAAUUGAAAGUUCCGUUACGUGAAGGGCGCCGUCGCUGGUAUUAUUAUUAUAGAUUUUGUGUAUUUCUUGGUUAUUUAAUCUCAUCGAAAUAGUCGAUAAACAACAAAAAUAUUCAUGACUGUUAUUCGAAGGGAACACAAAAUGGUAGUGAAAUAAAAUUGGAAGUGUCAUCAUUUGGCCAAAAUGUAA